CCGUUUUAAAUUUCGAUCAUAAUUAUUGGGGGAUUAACAUAGUAAAAAAGAUAGAUAAAUAUGCUUAUUUGUAAACAACUAGUUUAGUUUCUUGUACUUAGUUGAUUGGACAAUCCAGGGUAGGAUAAACAUAUUUUUCUUUAUCUGUGCAAUGCAAAUAUUAACAUAUUUUUAACCUAUGAGAUAAAUGCAAUCACAUAUGUUUACUUUUCAGUUUAGAGUUUCUCAGAAAACUUGUUUUGAUUUAAAAAAUGGAUAAUAUUCAAAUUAGGACUGUAUGUCAGGAUGAGCUGGAUCAAGUUGAAUUGUUUAUAAAUAACUAUUUUGUGAAUCAUGAACCUAUCAUGAGUUCUCUACAACUCUGCCAAGACGGAUACAGGAUGCCUUAUUUUGAUCGGUGGAUGAGGGUUCGAAUGGAACACCCUAGAGGAAUAACUUUACUGGCUGAAGAUACAUCUACUGGUCAGCAUAUGGGGGCACUUGUUGGUUUCAUUUAUCAAAGGGGAGAAGAAUUAGAGAACCCUGAUGUUGAUCCCAGCCACAGAUCUGAUAGGUGUCCUGAAAAAUUCAAGAUAGUUCUGGAUUUCCUGGAUUUUGUUGAAAACAAGGGUUUAGAGAAGGCUGGAUUACUGGGUGAACCAAGGGUAGAAUGUAUAUUUCUAUCCUGCAGACCUGAUCAUCGUAUUCCAGGUUUAGGGACAGCUCUACUACAAAAGAUGCAUGAGAUUGGAAGAGCUACAGGAGUAGAGCACCAAGUAGUGCUCACUACAAGCGCUUAUUCUGCCAGAAUUUGCAAGAAACUUGGAUACACAGAGGAUUUAAAUCUUCCCUUUUCUGAUUACAAGUUGAAUAACGAGAUAGUGUUCAAGACGAAUUCUCCACAUACACACUGUAGGUUCUGGUCUAGGCAUGAGCCUCAACGUUAAAAGAUCUGAACCAGAAAACAAAUCGAGAUAAAAUAACGAAAUAAAAAAGAUCCUUGAUUCGAUGUCUGAUAAUGUUACGGGGUAUCCGCAAAAUCUGAGAUUUUAAAAUUUGCGACCAAAAAUUUCUAAAAUGGCAUGACCUUUAAAGGAAAAUUAUCUUUGGAACUCAAUUCCGUUGACCUUAGCUAUUUUAAACUAUGAAUUAGCUAAAGGUUCAUAUAAACGAAGUUUAAAAUAUGAAUUGUUUACGCCAUCAGGUUGCAAAGAUAUAGGGAUUUACAGAAAGUUUACAGUUUCAGGC